AAACAACAAUUUUCUCAACGUUCAACCUUAAAAUAAUUAAACUCAAUCUUAGAAAUAUUACUUUCAAUUUUAUAAACAAAUGAUAUAAUAAAAGAAAGAAUAAAGGUAAAUUUGCAUUUAAGUUGUAAUUUAGUCAAAUUAUGCUUGACGUAUGAAAAUAUUAGGCUACUUACAUGACUGCAAGCUAUCAAAUGAACUUUAGUAAGACAAAUGAGUCAGCCAUUUGAUUAAAAUAAUAUUUAAAAUGUCUUUUUCAUCACAAAAUGAUUUUUUUUUUCUUUUUGUGAUGGAAAUUACAUUUUCAUGAUAGUUCAGGGGAAAAAUAAUUUAUGUAAUUAGCAUGUAUGGAUACUGACUAAUUUAAUUUUGAGAGUUUACGAUCAUAUCAGACGUGUAGUUUUCCAGCUGCAGUCGCAGUCACUCAAUCUGUCGGGUUCGUACGGGUCGAGUAUGCGAACAGGACACCUGCGCUCGGGUGCGUGAGGAGCCGCUGGAUCAGACUCGACUCUGUCCCGUUCUCCCAGCGGAGCCGAGUGCUUUAAUUGCCCCAGGGGCAGGAGCUCACGUCUCCAGGAGAUUAACAUGGAGCUGGUAAACAGUGAGGGAGGGUUAGUUACUCACACACAGAGCAGCAGCAGAAUGGAGAAAGACACGCAGAGCUCCAGCACGGCAGGAGACGAUGAGAACGGCAGCAGUCUGUUCCACCGCCGGCUGACGCACCGCAGACACAAACGCACCGACAGCGAACUGAAGUUCCUGUUACACAGGCUGACUGUGGCGGGCCGUCUCUCGUGCGGGGCGGCUGACAGGAGAACAGUGGCAGAUCACUACGAGAGGCUUAUUGUCAGUCUGCAGAGGAGCCGCGCGGGUGAAGACGUCACCGGUCUCCUGCUGCUCUACCCUCAACACGCGCUGCACGUUAUCGAGUGUUCGACUGAAGCUCUGCUGUCCGUCCUACAAGACCUGAGACACAUGGAGGAAAACAGCGGGCCGAUCCUGGAUCCCCGAAUCCUGCUGGUGUCCCACGACCUUCCCAGCAGACUCUUCCAGCACUGGAACUACAAGCUGCUGGAUGAGUCCGACAGCCGACGGACUCUCGUCUCAGACGAACAGAGCCCGGAGAAACUAGUGAGCCACACUCUCCGUCAGCUCCUGCGGCUCGGACGCCACCUCUUCAACAAGACACAACUCAUCACGGGAUCUAAAGUGAUUCCGGAUGAAGUGCUGAAGGACGCGUCAGAUUUGGUUCCUCCUCAGGCCGCGGUGUGUCGUUUGCUCCAGAUGGAGGCGCUGUUGAGUCCCGAGCGCUACAUCAGCACGUAUCAUUCACCGCUACACCAGCGUCUGGACUCCGGCCAUGUUUUCGGGAGUUUUCGUCCCACCACAGUGUAGGUUUGGAUUUAGGGUCAGGAGAAUGUGUGUGGCCUGCAGUGGAACAUCUUCAGAUUAUUUGAACAACUUUAUACAUUUAAAUCUUUUUUACUUUUUUUGGUAACUCUUGAAGCCGCUAAAUGUAAUGCAUUGUAAAAUUAUUUGUAAUGCAUUAAUUAUGCUUUGUAAUGCACCUUAUAAUGCAUUGCAUGAUCUCAUGAAUAACUGCAACCACAAUUUUAAUAAAUUAUAAUACUUGCAUUGCAAAAAAUGCUUUUCUUACAAAAUUAUCUUAUUUCAAGCAGAAAACAAGAUUAUUUUUCUUACCCCAUUGGCAGAUUAUUUUGCUUGUUUCAAGCAAAAACUCACUUAAUUUUGACUGUUUUUUUUUUGAAAACAAGACAAUAAUUUUUGCUUGUCUAAAAAAUCCUUUUUGAUUUAAGAAUUCAAAAUAUUUUGGCUGGAAACAAGACAGAAAAUCUAAGUAAGAAAAGCAUUUUUUUGCAGUGUAUCUAUUAAUUGCUACACCUUUUGACCAUAUAAUGCAUUAAAACAUAUUACAGACAACCAAAAUCAGAUGUUACAAGGAAUAUGCAAAUUCUAUAAUGCAUUUAACUUUACAAUUAUGAAAAUAUAUAAUGCAUUGUUGCAUUGUCUUAUACAUAAUCUAGUUUAUUUUUUAAUACAUGUUGUUAUUGUAAAUGACUCAUCAGUGAUGUUGUUCUGAAGAAAUAAAUCUUUGUCUUUAUCA